CAAUAUAGUCAUUAGUCAUAACUCUAUCUCUAUUGACGGCUAUGGCACUCAUAGUCACCUGCUCGCUUCACUAUCUCACCUUAAACCCAGUUUUCCUGCAAAGCCAAGCUGAUUAAAACCUUCCGAAAAUUCAAAUUCACCAUUAAAUUUUACUCCUAAUCCAAGAAUGCUGCACCAAUUCACAACUUUCAGGGUGCGCCUCAAUCAAGUUCGUGCUCCUUCUCUCUCAAUUGUAUUUCUUUCUUGUUAAUACCUGGUAAUUGUAGAAUUUGUAGUUAAUUUCAUGGCUUUAAUUCAACAGACAUUUCCAUUGUUCAAUAAUAAUCCAUCAAAGUCUCAAAAACAUAAAUACCCAUUUAGUAAAAUCCCAAGAAUUUCAUGUCAAUUGUCGAAAAACUCACAAAAUGAUGACGAGAACAAGAAAAGUAAUAAUGGGUUGGAACUGCUUAAAUUGUCUGUCACUCUUACAGUGAUAUCAACUGCGCUGCCACAACCAGCUGUGGCGGCGAAAGUUGCAGAAAGGAAGCGUAGUAGUAAGAAAACAAUAGAGGCAUUAACCCCAGAACAGUUUAAAUCAUGGUCACAGGAUUUGCCUGUAGUUAGGGAUAGGUUACCCUUUACUGAUGUAUUGAAUUUGAUGGAGGAGGGUAAGCUUAAGCAUGUAAUUAAGCCUCAUAAUGCUGCAUUGAGGCAAAAAUCCGAGUGGGUUCUGGUUGUGUUGGAUGAUUCUAGGGUUUUGAGGACUGUGUUGCCCUCUUUGGAGGGUAAUCCUAGGUUUUGGAGUAAAUGGGAUGAGUUGAAGAUUGAUUCAUUUUGUGUGAAUGCGUAUAAUCCGCCGGUUAAGAAGCCAGAGAUUCCUUCUCCGUAUUUAGGGUUCUUGUCUAGGGUGCCCUUUUGGGUGAUUAAUUCGUUUUUCAAAACAAAGCCACUGUCAAAAAAGGCAUUAGAAUUGAAAAAGAUGAGGGAGGAGUUGAAGAGGCAAAGGAGAGAGGAUUUGAAGACGAUGAGGGAGGAAAGGGAGAUGAUGGAGAAGGCGAUAAAACAGCAGAACAAAAUCGAGGAGAGAGCUAAGAGAAGGGAAUUGCAGAAGGCGAAGCAAGAACAGUCAUUGCGUCAAGCUCGGAGGAAUUACAAGGAAAUGGGUUAUAUGUGGAAUAAUUUGGCUAGAGAUUCUAAUGUGGCUACUGCCCUUGGGGUUGUGUUCUUCAUCAUAUUCUAUCGGACCGUUGUUCUUAGUUAUAAGAAGCAGAGGAAGGAUUAUGAGGAUAGAAUAAAGAUUGAGAAGGCCGAGGCAGAGGAAAGGAAAAAAAUGAGGGAGCUAGAGAAAAGAAUGCAAGGAAUGGAGGGUGAAGAUGAUGAAGAAGAGGGGAAAGAUGGUGAGCAAAACGCUUACAUGAAGAUGGCUUCACAGUUUAUGAAGUCUGGUGCUCGUGUUCGCCGAGCACGCAACAGAAGACCGCCUCAAUUUUUGGAGAGAGAUGUUGAUGUGAAGUUUUCAGAUGUUGCUGGGCUUGGUAAAAUACGACUUGAACUGGAAGAGAUUGUUAAGUUUUUCACACAUGCAGAAAUGUAUCGCAGAAGAGGAGUCAAGAUACCAGGUGGUAUUCUUCUAUGCGGACCUCCUGGAGUUGGGAAGACACUGUUAGCAAAAGCUGUGGCAGGUGAAGCUGGUGUUAACUUCUUUUCUAUUUCUGCUUCUCAAUUCGUGGAGAUAUACGUAGGUGUUGGUGCUUCUCGUGUGAGAGCACUUUACCAAGAAGCAAAAGAUAAUGCUCCAGCAGUUGUCUUCAUUGAUGAAUUGGAUGCUGUUGGGAGGGAGCGUGGUCUCAUAAAGGGUUCAGGUGGACAAGAACGUGAUGCUACUCUAAAUCAGCUGCUUGUGUCCUUGGAUGGGUUUGAAGGCAGAGGGGACGUGAUAACUAUUGCUUCGACAAAUAGACCAGACAUUUUAGAUCCUGCACUUGUCAGGCCUGGUAGGUUUGACAGGAAGAUACAUAUUCCUAAACCUAGUCUUCAAGGGCGUAUUGAAAUUCUACAGGUUCAUGCUCGCCAGAAAGCACUGGCUGAGGAUGUGGAUUAUAUGGCUGUUGCUAGUAUGACUGAUGGUAUGGUAGGGGCAGAGCUUGCAAAUAUUAUCGAGGUUGCUGCUCUCAGUAUGUUGCGUGAUGGCAGAAGUGAGAUAACAACAGAUGAUUUAUUACAAGCUGCACAAUUGGAAGAAAGAGGAAUGCUUGACAGGAAGGAUAGGAGUCUUGAAAUGUGGAAGCGAAUAGCUCUUAAUGAAGCAGCACAAGCUGUAGUAGCUGUGAACUUUCCUGAUCUUAGAAAUAUAGAAUUUCUGAAUAUUGCUCCUAGGGCUGGGAGGGAACUUGGUUAUGUUCGUUCUAAACUAGAUCAUAUCAAAUUUAAGGAAGGAAUGCUGAGCCGGCAGUCCCUUUUGGAUCAUAUUACAGUUCAGUUAGCAUCUCGAGCAGCUGACGAGAUAUGGCACGGUGAAGACCAGUUGAGCACCAUAUGGGCUGAAACAGCUAAUAAUGCUCGGUCUGCAGCUCGAACUUUUGUUCUUGGUGGCCUGUCUGAAAAGCAUCAUGGUUUAAACAACUUCUGGGUUGCUGAAAAAAUCAAUGACAUUGAUCUGGAGGCCCAAAGGAUAGUCAACUUGUGUUAUGAGCGCGUAAAAAAGAUCUUGCACCGAAACCGGAAGCUCGUGGAUGUCGUGGUUGAUGAACUGGUUAAGAAGAAAAGUUUGGCAAAGAAAGAAUUCUUUGACCUUGUUGAAAUGCACGGGUCUCUCGAACCCAUUGCACCUACUAUACUUGACAUCCGAGCUGAGAAGCGUAAGCAGUUUCAAGAAAUGAUGACAAAUCAGAAAGCAGUAGCUGAAAUUGCAAGCAAAGUUUUAAGCUGAAAAUUCAACCAUUUCUUUUGAUCUCCGGAUUUCUAUUAUUCCUUUGAUCAUGUCUGUUUCACGGGUUAAUGGGAAACCACCUCUCUGUAAUCUCAGCAUUGCGAAGAUGUGCUAGUGCCUUAGCUUUGUACUAGCUAUCCUAUUUUUGUUUUGGAAAUAAAUUUUGUAAAAGAAAAAGAAAAAGAAAAAGAAAUUCAGUCCUGUUUAUUAAGAAAUGCAAUGCUGUAAUAUCAGUGUUACAAUC